AUGCGCCUCGCCCACCUCCACUUCCCAUCCAUCACCCCUUUCACGCUUGUCGCAAACCUCCAACAAACCCUCACGACCCGCCUGCUCGCGCACAAAAAACUCCUCAGCCCACCAAGCUCCCCAACGCCACCAGCCCCGGACCCGACAAUAAUUACCUUUACCCCAAAUCCAGUAUACACAACGGGCCGACGAGACCACCCGCCCUCAAACACAACCGAGACAGCGCUCUCUCUUCCACCCUCCCUCGAGCCAAUCCGCCAUCUCCUCACAGCACCAUUAUCAUCCCACAAUGACAAUCCGGUAGCGGAAUACCACCCGACCCUCCGCGGCGGCCAGACGACGUACCAUGGCCCCGGGCAGAUGGUUGCGUAUACAAUCCUCGAUCUCCGCCGGCUCGGCCUAACCCCGAGGUGCCAUAUUCGGUUAUUGGAGAAUAGUGUACUGGAUGUGCUCUCGGGUUAUGGAGUGACAGGGACUGUUACAGAGGAUCCGGGCGUUUGGGUGCCUGGGAGGUCUACGGAUGGUUCGCUGCCAAGAAAGAUUACAGCUGUUGGAGUACAUUUGCGGCGGAAUAUCAGCAGCUAUGGAAUCGGAUUCAAUGUUACAGAGGAGCCGAUGUGGUAUUUCCAACAGAUUGUUGCGUGUGGGCUCGAGGGGAGGGAGGCGACGAGCUUGGAGGGACAAGGGGUUAAGGGUGUCUCAAUUGAAGAAGUUGCUGGGAGGUUUGUUGACGCCUUUGUGCGGAGGGUGAAUGCAGAUUUGGCGUGUGGCGGGAGUGCUACAGGAGAAAGGAUAGAGGGUGUUUAUAAGGUCGAAGAAAAAGACCUUGACUAG